AUGAGUAAAUUAAUUCCAAACGCUGCCAAGUUCUUCGCCGGUUCCACCAUCACGAAAACGGCCGCCCCGGUAGUGACUACGUCGACCUCGAAAUACAGCACGAAAUCUGAAGCUACGUUUGAAAUUAAGCCCUAUAAACUUCAUAAAUUGGAGAAGGGACCAGCAACGUCAGCUACACUUACAUCAGAAGAUGCACUCAAAAUCUAUGAAAAGCUUGCAGUACUGCGACGAAUUGAGACUGCAUCAGGCAAUUUGUAUAAAGAGAAGAUUAUUCGAGGUUUUUGCCACUUAUAUUCAGGUCAGGAGGCAGUAGCAGUUGGAAUGAGAGCAGCUAUGCGGGAUGUUGACACUGUUAUAACAGCUUAUCGCUGCCAUGGAUGGACUCAUCUCAUGGGAGUUAGUGUAUUGGGUGUGCUCUCUGAGCUAACGGGCCGUCGGACUGGUUGCUCAAGAGGCAAAGGAGGCUCCAUGCAUUUGUAUGGCAGAAACUUUUAUGGUGGCAAUGGCAUUGUAGGGGCUCAGGCGCCAUUGGGUGCAGGUGUUGCUUUAGCGCACAAAUACCGUGGAGACGGUGGAGUUACCUUCACUCUCUAUGGAGAUGGAGCUGCUAAUCAGGGCCAGUUGUUUGAGGCCUACAACAUGGCUAAAUUAUGGGACCUACCUUGUGUAUUCGUUUGUGAAAACAAUGGCUACGGUAUGGGUACAAGUGUAGAUAGAUCCUCAGCAAGUACAGACUACUAUUCCCGCGGGGACUAUGUACCUGGAAUAUGGGUAGAUGGUAUGGAUGUCAUCGCCACAAGGGAAGCAACCCGCUAUGCCAUAGAUUAUUGUACCAGUGGAAAAGGUCCUCUGGUGAUGGAGAUGGAGACUUACCGAUACUCUGGCCAUUCUAUGUCGGACCCUGGGACGUCGUACCGAACUCGCGACGAGGUGCAAGAAGUGCGGCAGACCAGGGACCCCAUAACAUCUUUCAAGGAGAAAAUAAUUAGCAGGGAACUGGUCACUCCUGAUCAGCUCAAGGAAAUCGAUACUAAAGUUCGCAAGGAGGUGGACGAAGCAACGAAGCAAGCGAAGACUGAACCUGAAGUAGGAACAGAAGAACUGUCUGGUGAUGUUUACUACAACAACCUCGAGCCGUAUAUCCGUGGUUUGCAUCCAGACGCACCAUUACAACACUGCGAAGUUGUUGCACGCAAUUAA